AUGUUCGCUUUAAUUGUCAAGCGCGUCGUGCUCAGUCUGCAAUUAGUCUCGUUAGUAAUGCUUGCGGGUGUCUUCGGUGACCAACGUAUUCCCUAUAAUGUGCCCGGCCAACAGACAUCAAGUGGCCAAGCACCUUUGGCCUUCCAAGGAAACGGAAAUCAAAUAUACAGCUGUGGUUCAACUGGUGCUUGGGUGCGAGUUGGAGCAGAGGCACAAUUGCAAGGAAGCGGAAUGUCCGGCCACCACUACUUUUCGGGCAAUACGGCGACCUUCGACGUGGGCUCAUGGCACAUAUCGGCCACGCAAAUAGGAUCGUCGGCUUCACGGGAUCUCCGCAGGGAUGUACCCUCGCUGAGGCUCCAGCCCACUUCGGGCCCCUUCAGGUUGAUCACCCGGAGCAAUGUUUCAGGCGGUGUCCCCCAAGUUGCUUGCAAGGCCGGUCAACAGAACUACCAGGUGCCGUACUCUGCCACCUACACCUUCUACUACAAAUGA